UAUGAAAACAACGAGCCAGACUCCCGAACUGCACCCAAGCUUUUCGCCGAAUAGUUGCAUGGAGAAGGCUAAAGAACAAAAAAUGAAGCCAGUUUUUAUAAAGAAACUACAAAGGAAUGUUGAAAUGUACGAAGAUGACGAUUUGCAGGUCAAUUGUAAGGCAUCUAAAAAUUUACCACCGGUUUUUGUUGAAGAAUUACCAUUUCGGAUUAAUCUCGAUUUGGAUAGUAGUAUUGUAAUUGACUGUCGUCGAGAUUUCAAUGAAAUAAACGCUUUUAAAGUUGGCCUACAAAAAGAAAGGGACGAGGGAAGCGAUACGGAUUCCAUUGUUAAAUGUCGUAAUUGGAAUGAAAGAAAUGGAUCACACUACGGAGAUAAACGUAAUUUAGCGGAUAAGCCUCAGGGUCCUGUGAAGUUAUCAGCUUCUCAAAUUGGAAGAGGAAGAGUUUGUUUAUAUUGGGAAUGCCCUAAAAACUCUUCUAAAAUUCCUGUAGAUCAUUACCUUUUAGAAAUGAUGCAUGAAAAGAAAGAUAGAUGGGAAAAAGUUUCCGACAUUCCUUCAACAGCAAAAGAUUGCGAAUUGGUCAAUUUAACGUCUGGUAUUAAAUAUUGGUUCAGAUUAAGUAAUAUUACUUUAUUUGGACAAAGCGAACCAUCAUUUCUUGGUGAACCAGUUAUUUUAAAAGAGGUCAAAGAAACAGAUAUCCAAGUACCAAAAAUUCCACAAAUUGUUAGACAAAAAGAUGGAAAAGUUAUAUUAAAAAUAAAUGAAUAUGUACAAAAUGCAAAAAAUCUUAUUAUUGAACAAAGAGAGAUUCGAGGAACCAGAUUCGUUAGAACAAUUAGAUUUCCAGUAAAUUCUCAGUCGAUAGUACUAAAGCACUUGACUCCUGGUUAUUGUUAUCAAUUUAGAGUUGGAUUAGCACUGGACGGUAAAAAUAUAGGUAAAUUUUCAGGCUAUUCGGACGCCUUUAUGUGGAAAGAGAGUUACGAACUAUCAUUACCAAGAUUUACUAGGCAUCCGACGAAUGUUAUAAUCAGCGAGGGGUCUGUUGCAAUGUUCGAUUGUGAAGUUGUGGGAAAUCCACAUCCCAACGUAAGAUGGUAUAGAGGUGGAAGAGAAAUAUUUGACGGAUAUAAGAAUCAACUAUUAAAUAAUAAUUGUAAAUUAAUAAUGAAAUCUGUUCAAAAACUAGAAGAAGGAAAUAUAGAAUGCAGAGCUGAAAAUGAAAUUGGUAGUAUAAUAUCCCAAUGCAAACUAACAGUUAAUAGAAAUACAGAAGAUACUGAUUCUGAAAAAUCCGAUUCUAGACAAUAUAAAAUACUAAAUGUAAAAUAUGGACAACAAAUAAGAGUAAAAUUAAUGAAUAACGAAUAA